AGAAGAACGUGCUACAAUACGUCUUUUCUCAUUUGAAUGCUGCGGCUUGAGCUUUUUUCUCUUUUUUUCCGCCGCAAUUUUUGUAAGCGCCUCCGCCAUACAUCGCACUCGAUCUAUCGCAAAGUACAUUAGCCGUUCAAUUGCACAUCAGCACCAAUGCUUUCGACGGCGCAGUAUCCUUUCACUUGCAUCCGGCAUAUUGGUGGAACGAUCGUCGCAUCUGCAGGGCCAAAUAUAUACUCUUUCUCUGCUAGCGAUGGUCGCAAGAUCUCGACAUGGCCUGAACUUAAGCCAAACGAUUCUGCAAAAGCCGGAACGAAUGAUGACAAUACUGAGAGUAGUGAAGGACCGCCAGAAAAGAAAAGAAAACUUUCUUCCACGGGCACCGAAAAGGAUGAGCAGGCAAAUGGAAAGGACAACAAGUUUAGCGCAACUUGGCUGUCUGUUCCUAUCCUCGUGCCUUCCCCAUCAGGCCGCUAUGUAGUUGCAGUGACUGCAGAAGAUAAACAUGUGCGAGUCUUCGAGCUCAAUUCGGAAGGGGUAUUGACGGAAUCAAGUGACAGACCAGUACCUCGAAGACCCUGCGCGGUAGCAUUCUCAUCUGACGGCAACACCAUCAUCUGUGCCGAUAAAGGUGGUGAUGUAUAUAGCAUGCCUUUACUACCCGGCGAGAGCGGCGAAUUCGAACUAGUCUCUCGCGCUAAGAAGCCAUCCAAACCGGCGGCAAACCCUCUCGUCGUGCAUACUAAGAGGAACUUGGAUGCUUUGCGUCAACAACUUCGUCAAAAGCAAGCGCAAGACAAUACUCCCGCCAAUCCUACAGCGAAACGAGAUGUGCUUUCCGGACAUGUUUCUACGCUUACCGAUAUGGUCUACGCAGUCGUACCAUCGAGCACGUCAGCUAGUGGUUCGCACAGUUAUAUAUUGACGGCAGACCGCGAUGAGCAGAUUCGUGUGUCUCGUGGGCCUCCUCAGACACACGUUAUCGAGGCAUUUUGUCUGGGCCAUGAGUCUUUUAUUAGCACUCUCUGUAUACCACCGACCUUGCCGCACCUUUUAGUUUCUGGAGGAGGCGAUAAUUCUAUCUUUGUUUGGGAUUGGAGAAAUGGCCAAUCUCUGUACAAACUAUCAGUUCUUCCUGAAGGUAAGAAUCAGAUCGUUGUAAGAGAUAUCUGGGCAGUGAAAAUUGCAGGAAAUUCAUCCGUUGCAAUUUUUGUGGCUCUUGAUGGGUCUCGCGAACUUCUGAGCUUCUUGUUAGAGGACAGUGGUAAUAUACUGCCUCAAGAGUCGAUUCAAGCCUCAGGAAACGUUCUCGACUUGACUUAUCUAGACGAAAACAAUAUGAUAUUCGUUUCCAUCGAUAGUUGCCAUGAACCGGGUUCGAUAAAAGACUGGAAAAAGGAUUCCGAUGAAUCUCCGGUACUUGUCGAAGGCUAUACGGUUAAAGUGAAGGAUGGGAAAUUGGUCCUUGAUUCUGUAGCGAACCAGGCUGUCAACAACAUCAAUGCGCAGGGCACAGCAAAGGUACUCGCUGGUGUGGAUGAGUCUUCGUGGCCCAAAAGCCAAAAGGCAUUUAGCGAGAGGUUGUACAGCUUGCAAAAUCUUCGGAAGAGGACAACUGGGGACGGUAGAUAG